GGUCUGAAGAGCCCGCCGCCGGCCUCCCUCACCUGCCAGGAACUCGUGUGUUUCAGGAAGAAGGUGGUUGUGAGUAGUCACUUUGUGUGCUGAGGGAGAGCAGGCUGGCACCCCUGAGCGCUGCCCCGGGCCUCCCGGGAGCUGCGUCGGGAGCGCGGCCAGCGUUGUCGUCCGCCUGGAGCCCGCGUUGGGUUGCUCGGCUGCCUGCUGAACCUCGUACUCAUCUGAUUUGAGGCCUCAACGUCUGCUUGAAAAGGAAAAUGCUCUAGAAUAUGUGUUGAAAAGUAUGCCCGGCACAAAGAUAACUCAUGAACAGAGACUUAGACAAAAAAAGGCAUGUGGGGUUGAAGAUGGAUGAGGCUUUGCUACUCAUUCAUAAUGAACUACUCAGGACAGACUUGACUGUCUACUGGAAAUCUGAACGCUGUUAUCACUGCUCGUUUCAGAGUCUAGCAGAUGUUUCUGCAAGUGGGCAGCCUGGGAAGGCUGGCAUUGCCGCUGUCUCUGUGAGUACCCAGCACGGGUCCAUCCUGCAGAUCAACAGUACUUUGGAAGAGAAAGAAGUUUGUAGGCUGGAAUACAAAUUUGGAGAAUUUGGAAACUAUUCUGUCUUGGUAAAGCACACCCAUAAGGGAGUCAGUGAAAUUGCUUGUAACCUGGUGGUUAAUGAGAAUCCAGUCUACAGUGACCUUCCUGUGAUUAUCGCAUUCCUUGUUGGUCUAGCAGUCAUCAUUGCAGGAUCCAUCCUAAAGUUCUUAUUGAGUUUGGAUGACUUUAAUAAUUGGAUUUUUAAGGCAAUAAAUUCUCAAGAAACUGAUCGCCUCAUCAAUUCUGAGCUGGGCUCUCCAGGCACAGUAGACCCUCUCAGUGGUGACACCCAACCAGGAACAUGGCGCCCACCUCACUCACCACACCGCCUCCGCUGCGUGGACACGUUCAGGGGGAUAGCUCUCAUACUCAUGGUCUUCGUCAAUUAUGGAGGGGGAAAAUAUUGGUACUUCAGACAUGCAAGCUGGAAUGGACUGACGGUGGCUGACCUUGUGUUCCCAUGGUUUGUAUUUAUUAUGGGGUCUUCGAUUUUCCUAUCAAUGACUUCUGUACUGCAACAGGGAUGUUCAAAAUUGAAGUUGUUGGGGAAAAUUGCAUGGAGGAGUUUCCUGUUAAUCUGUAUAGGAAUUGUCAUUGUGAACCCCAAUUAUUGCCUUGGUCCAUUGUCUUGGGAUAAGGUGCGAGUUCCUGGCGUGCUACAGCGGUUGGGAGUGACUUACUUUGUGGUUGCUGGGUUGGAACUCCUCUUUGCUAAACCUGUGCUUGAAAAUUGUGCCUCGGCAGGAAAAAUACUGUUGUAUUACAAGGAUCAGACCAAAGACAUCCUGAUCAGAUUCACUGCCUGGUGUUGUAUUCUAGGGCUUAUUUCUGUUGCAUUGACCAAAAUUUCUGAAAAUGAAGGCUUUAUUCCAGUAAACAAAAAUCUCUGGUCCAUUUCCUAUGUCACCACGCUGAGCUCCUUUGCCUUCCUCAUCAUGCUGAUCCUGUACCCGGUUGUGGAUGUCAGGGGAUUGUGGACAGGAACCCCAUUCUUCUAUCCAGGAAUGAAUUCUAUUCUGGUGUAUGUCGGCCACGAGGUGUUUCAGAACUACUUUCCCUUUCAGUGGAAGCUGGAGGAUAACCAGUCACACAAAGAACAUCUAACUCAGAACAUAGUCGCCACUGCUCUCUGGGUGCUCAUUGCGUACAUUCUCUAUAAAAAGAAGAUUUUUUUGAAAAUCUGAGAACUCCCACUGAAAUGUGUUGCUGGAGACUCUAGUGGACCUGGGGGGAGAACUGAAGCAGGCUUUAUUAAAGGGAAUCAUUAAUUAUACAGUCGAUAGGAUGCAUAUUUCCAGAUUACUGGGGACAUGCGGAUAUGCUUGAGCAAGUUUAACCAGGACAUGGCUCAUCAGAAUUCUGCCUGUGUAUUUGUGACUUACAUAUAUGGAAUGUAAUUGUCUAUUUUUCUCCAUCUUCUAUGGAAAUGGAUCUAUUUGGAAUUUCAUUAUAAGGAGAUCUCCUUUAACUUUC